AUGGCCAUUACGCCGACCCAGUUUGCUAAGAAGACGGCGCAGUCGGCCAAUUGGUCCGACGCCAAGCGUCGAGUGUUGUCCUCCUACCGAGAAUGGAUUCGAGCUGCCCCCGAAGUCCAAACCAUGUACAACAUGCCCAUGCCUGUCUCCGCCAUCCGAACCCGUAUGCGACAAGAAUUCGAGCGACAACGAUUUGUGAACAAGCUUUCAGUUGUUGAUGUCCUCCUGUUCAAGUCCCACGCCGAGUACCAGGAGACCAUGAACUUCUGGAAGCAGACCAACCACAUUAUGGCCUACUUCAAGGAGGAGAAUUUCCGAGGCGAUAAGCGACUACCGGGCAGCUUCAUGACUGGCUUCCUUGAGGGUCGCAACUAG